GGAUGGUGUUUGGGUAGAGGAAGUUUUGCUUGCGAGUUUUCCGUCCGUUUCGGCUGUCUGAGUAUUUAGUUGAUGCGCUUUUAUUAGAAGAAAUGAUAUUAAUGUGAACUGCAUUACUGUGAAGCUCGCAAGUAUUCAAAAAGUGAAUUAACCCCCGAGUAGAAGCGGCGGGAUUUAGCACUUCACAGUAACCCGAGAGCACCUUGCUGCUAAGCUAACGUUACCGAGCUCGUUAGCUAGCAUUAGCCUCUGGUCUGUGUUGAAUUGAAGGGGCUCUCCAAGCUCACGAAGCCAUGGGGAACCGGGGCAUGGAAGACCUGAUUCCCCUCAUCAACAAGCUUCAAGACGCAUUUAGCUCCAUUGGCCAGAGUUGCAAUUUAGACCUUCCUCAGAUCGCUGUGGUCGGUGGGCAGAGCGCUGGAAAAAGCUCGGUCUUGGAGAAUUUCGUCGGCAGGGACUUCCUUCCACGUGGAUCAGGCAUUGUGACCCGCAGACCUCUCAUUUUGCAGCUGAUCAACAAUAAAGCAGAAUAUGCUGAAUUCCUGCACUGCAAAGGAAAGAAGUUUGUGGAUUUUGAAGAAGUGCGGGGAGAGGCAGAGACCGACAGGAUAACAGGCUCCAACAAAGGCAUCUCUCCUAUCCCAAUUAACCUGAUGUACUCCCCACAUGUGCUGAACCUGACACUGAUUGACCUCCCGGGAAUGACUAAGGUUGCUGUAGGAGAUCAGCCACCAGACAUAGAGCACCAGAUCAGAGAUAUGCUGUUGCAGUUCAUUACCAAGGAAAGCUGUCUGAUCCUGGCAGUCACUCCUGCUAACACUGAUCUGGCUAACUCGGACGCUUUGAAGAUUGCAAAGGAGGUGGACCCGCAGGGUCUGCGUACCAUUGGUGUUAUAACAAAACUGGACCUCAUGGAUGAAGGGACAGAUGCACGGGACAUCCUUGAAAACAAACUGCUGCCACUGCGGAGGGGUUACAUAGGUGUGGUGAACCGCAGUCAGAAAGAUAUUGAUGGGAAGAAGGACAUUCGUGCUGCUCUGGCUGCUGAGAGAAAAUUCUUCCUGUCCCAUCCUGCCUAUAGACACAUGGCAGAGCGUAUGGGUACACCACACUUACAAAAAUCACUUAACCAGCAAUUGACCAAUCACAUCAGGGAUACCCUGCCUGGUCUGCGAAGUAAGCUGCAGAGUCAGCUCCUCUCCCUGGAGAAGGAGGUCGAGGAGUACAAGAACUUCCGUCCGGAUGACCCAACACGCAAGACAAAGGCUUUGUUGCAGAUGGUACAGCAGUUUGGUGUGGACUUUGAGAAGUGCAUUGAAGGCUCUGGGGAUCAGGUGGAUACCAAUGAGCUGUCAGGUGGUGCCAAGAUCAACCGCAUCUUCCAUGAGCGUUUCCCCUUCGAACUAGUCAAGAUUGUUUUUGAUGAGAAGGAGCUACGACGGGAAAUCAGUCACGCAAUCAAGAAUGUCCACGGUGUCAGAACGGGGCUGUUCACUCCAGACCUGGCGUUUGAGGCCAUCGUGAAAAAGCAGAUCGUUAAGCUGAAAACGCCCUGUCUCAAAUGUAUCGAUCUGGUCAUUCAGGAGCUCAUCAACACAGUCAGGCAGUGCACCAACAAGCUCAAUUCCUACCCCAGACUGAGAGAGGAGACUGAGAGAAUUGUCACCACUCAUAUCAGAGAAAGAGAAGGGAAGAGCAAGGACCAGGUUCUGCUGCUGAUUGACAUUGAGCUGUCCUACAUCAACACCAACCAUGAGGACUUCAUAGGCUUUGCUAAUGCUCAGCAGAGGAACACAGCUGCAAACAAGAAGAGGGCCAUUCCCAACCAGGGUGAGAUUCUGGUGAUCAGGAAAGGUUGGCUAACCAUCAACAUCAGCAUCAUGAAAGGAGGCUCCAAGGAAUACUGGUUUGUCCUGACUGCUGAGUCCCUGUCCUGGUACAAAGAUGAGGAGGAAAAAGAAAAGAAGUAUAUGCUGCCCUUGGAUAACCUGAAAAUCAGAGAUGUGGAGAAAGGCUUUAUGUCUACAAAGCAUAUCUUUGGAAUCUUCAACACUGAGCAGAGGAACGUGUACAAGGAUCUUCGCCAAAUAGAACUGGCCUGUGAUUCUCAAGAGGAUGUGGACAGCUGGAAAGCGUCCUUCCUCAGGGCAGGAGUUUAUCCAGAGAAGGACCAGGUGGAGAAUGAGGACGCUGCCCCUGCAGACACGUUCUCUAUGGAUCCUCAAUUGGAGCGGCAAGUGGAAACCAUCCGCAACCUGGUGGACUCGUACAUCGGCAUCAUAAACAAAUCCAUCAGAGAUCUCGUGCCCAAGACCAUCAUGCACCUCAUGAUCAACAACGCGAAGGACUUUAUCCACUCAGAGCUACUGGCCUACCUCUAUUCAUCUGGGGACCAGAACAGCCUCAUGGAGGAGUCAGCUGACCAGGCCCAGCGUAGAGACGAAAUGUUGCGCAUGUAUCAUGCACUCAAGGAAGCACUGGUCAUUAUUGGUGACAUCAGCGCCAACACAAUCACCACGCCAGUGCCACCACCUGUAAAUGACACCUGGAUCCAGGAAACCAGCCCAACCCCUCAGCACCGGCCGGUUCCUGCAGCCACCCAGCCCCCCAGCCGUCCCCCUGCUGUGAGAGGCCCAACACCAGGACCACCCCUGAACCCUUCUCCUGCCUUUGGAGCACCGCUUAAUCCCUCUCCAGCCUUUGGUGCACCCCCAAUCCCCUCCCGCCCAGGCCCACCCAUCAAUGCCUUCAACAGCAGUCAGGAUCCCUUCAGCGCACCCCCACAGAUCCCCUCCCGGCCCGCUCGUGGCCCUCCCAAUAUUCCCAGGCGCCCGGCUCCUCGUCGAAACCAGUGGCCUUGACCAGACACGAAUGACUCCAAUCAGUGACAGCGGUGGGAACAGAAGAGCACAUUUAAUUUUUAGUUUGUCAAAUAUAGAAGCACUCCAAUAUUGCUGUUACAGUCCUGCAUUUGUAAUCUUGACACUUUGAAGAAUCCAAACAGAGGGGAAUCAUAUUUAAUUUUAUUUUUUUUUUUUUCUGGGGCACAAAAGCUGAAAUGGUGUGAGAUCUCGUAAUAAAUUUUUCAAUUCUCCAUUCUGAUUUCCCCAGUAGACCCUGGGCCAUUUGUUUUGUAUCAUUUCAGAGUUCUAGAUUAGCAGACGUGGUGCCAAGUCACAAAGUGCAGCUGGAGAUUUGUAUAAUUUUUCAUGAUUCUGUUGGUGAUGAAAAAGAAAUAUGCCUUUCAAGUGGUGGCACAUUACCGCAAAAAAAAUGAAUGAUUCAUAACAGAAUCAUUAAUGAUGGCUCACAGUUAUGGGUACAACAGGUUUUACUUAAUGUACA